UUUUCGGUGCCAUGAAACAGCGUCAGAGUGAGACCUCCUCCAUGCUGGAAACAGCGUCAGAGUGAGACCUCCUGCUCCCGGUGCCUGACAGCUGCUGUCUGUGUGUAACGGAAGACAUUUUGAGCCGCUGCGGUCGGUCCGGUCUGUUAUAUGAGUGGCAGCCUGAAGUCAGGGCUGACGUGCGGGAGAGUCAGUCACCAGACUGAGCUGUUAGUCGGCGAAAAAGACGCGAUUUAAAAAGAAAUCUACAGUUUAACCGUUGUGUGUAUAGCCAAGCCUGCUAGCUUAGCGCCGCAAACCAAACGCUAGCAAAGUCCUAGAUGCUAGUUAGUUAGCGUCACCUAGCUGGCCUCCUCCUCCUCCUCCUCCUCCUCCUCCUCCUCCUCCUUCUCCUCCUCCUCCUCCUCGACAGCCGGUCCCUUCACGCAGAGACGAUGGCUUUAAAACGAAUUUCCAAGGAGCUAACUGAUCUGUCCAGAGAUCCUCCAGCUCAGUGCUCUGCUGGCCCCGUCGGUGAAGACAUGUUUCAUUGGCAGGCUACUAUAAUGGGGCCUCCGGACAGUCCCUACCAGGGAGGAGUAUUUUUCUUGACCAUUCAUUUUCCUACAGAUUAUCCCUUCAAACCACCCAAGGUCGCCUUCACAACAAGAAUUUAUCACCCAAAUAUUAACAGUAAUGGCAGCAUCUGCUUGGAUAUAUUGAGAUCACAGUGGUCUCCAGCAUUAACUAUCUCUAAAGUCCUUUUGUCCAUUUGUUCUCUGUUAUGUGACCCGAACCCUGACGACCCGCUAGUGCCAGAGAUCGCCCGCAUCUACAAAACAGACCCUGUUAGGUACAACAAGACAGCUCAGGACUGGACUCAGAAAUACGCCAUGUGAUCCUCCUUCUGCUGGAAUAAACUUUAUUUUUCUCAUCGGGCCACGCCCCCUCCCCCCCCAUGCCCCGCCCCCCUCUCAUCUGCCAAUAACAGCAAUUUGUUCAGAUUUCAUUUUUGUCUCCAUCCUCAACUUAAAUUCAUCCAAACGCUUUUAAAACUUUUCUUUUUUUUUUUUUUGAUUUAAAAACAAGCGAAGGGCUGAAGACUCGGAGCUGUCAACGUGCCAACCGCAAAAAAAAAAAACAGAAACCACAAACCAGGAUCCAGCCUGGUCUCUGCUAGACCCGACCCCGAACAGAGAACUGUUACAAAUAAAUAAAAAGCUGCAGGAUAAUAUGAAUAAAUAAUAAUUUAAUGCAUGUCAGUGAUUGGUUCUUGUGCUGCUGAGAACAGAUUUUGUCCGAGUUUAAAAGAAAUGACGACAGCUUUUUUUGAGGUUUUUCUGUUCUUGUUUUCUUGUUUUUGUUGGUUUUUUUUUUUUUUUUGGUUUGUUUUUAGACGAGAGAGCCGUUAGUUCAUCCAUCAUCCACAACACUGUUCUCCUCUUUUUGCACUGAAGAUGAAACUUAAAGCUCUCAACGGCUGAUUGAUCAACUAAUAGCUCUGAUGUUUGUUUUUUUUUUCUCAAUAAAGUUGAACAAAUUGCA